AUGGUGAUGUUGUCUCGCCGCCUCCUUCACCUGGUGCUGGCCGUUUUCUCGGCGGCAACGCUGGCAGUGACAGCACCUACCCUCGAACAGGCCGGCCCACCCGACCCGGCCUUUCCGUUCACAGACCUCUGCGAUAACUGGUGGCUGGAACGUCUUUCGGGGAGCGGAGAGUUCGUACUAUGGACGCUGUGCCCGAAGGGAGAGAACCGGACCGGCGUGGUGUCCGUACUACAAAUGGAUAGAUCGCUGGUGGCAGACAGCCAGAGGAUCACACCGGCGUCUCCGUCAUGCGACGAAACUGCUUUCGGUGGACCUAGGUGCCGUCUUUUCCCAUUCGUGUUUGUUUUCUUGCUCUCAGUCACGUUUGCUGAUUCAACUAUCUUCUUCAGCCGAAUGGAUUACGGCAGUUGA